AUGAAUUCUUUUAAGCCAGUUAGUGUCAUUCUUCGAAAUGAUUUUAGUCAAAGUGAUGACAGUGGUAUGGAUAAAACUUUUCAAGACUUGUUGAAUGCCUGUCGCUCUGGUGAUCUUGAGAGAGUAGAAAGCUUAGUUCGAAACUAUUCAGCACCUAUCAAUAAAACCGAUUUCUGGCAAUGUUCGCCUUUAUAUCUAGCUUGUUUAUGUUGUUUUUAUGGAGCACUUACUUCCGAGAUAAGGGAGCUUUUACAAGAUUAUAAAUUUAGUAAAGCAGUAGAUGAGAGCCAGCCAUAUUUCAAAUUUUUGACUUUACUCUACGAUCGACCACUUGACACAUUUAGUGAUGUGGUAUUCAAAUUACCAUUUUUUGAAGAAAUUCACGCGCAUCGAUGCAUUCUUUAUGCGCGAUCAAAGUACUUUGCCAAUAAAUUAGAAACAACCUGGCGUAAUUAUGAUGUUAUAGAAAUUACGGAACCACAAUGGCACCCAACAUGUUUCCGUGGAAUUUUGAGAUAUUUAUAUACAGGCGAAAUAGUCACAAUCGCCAAAGAUUUAGAAAAUAAAAUGAUAUCAUUGAGCCAACAUUUUGAAUUAGAUAGUCUGGCAGAACGGUAUAAAGCAGAUAACCAGAUAUCAAAAAAAGAAGUUCAAGUACUUGAUAAGUUAGAAUCGCAAGAACUUCGACAGGAUUUUGAAAAGUUUUUUAAAAAUGUUGUAUUAAGAAGCGUUGAUAUAUCAAAUAAUGAAGAAAUACAAAGAUUUGCGCAAGCGGAUAUUUGUAUUCAAAUAAAUCAACAAAUUUUUCCAUGUCAUAAAGCCUUCCUUACCAAACGUUCAGAAUAUUUCAAUGUUAUGAUAACCGGACCAUUUGCCGAAAGCCAACAGAUGGAUACAAUUUAUUAUGAUAAUCGCCGUAUACCCAAAAUAACAAUAUCAGAUUAUUGCACACCAGAAAUAUUUGCAUUAAUAUUGGAAUUUAUUUAUACCGAUAAAUGUGAUAUUCCACCUAACCUUUCAUAUAAAGUCCUUAUAGAAGCAGAUAAAUUUUUACUUGAUAAGUUGAAAUCACUUGCAUCGAUAGUGUUGACUAAUCAGCCAGAACCACUUGAAGAUAUUUAUACGCUGAUGAGCGCCGCAAUUGAUUUAAAUGUUUAUAGAUUAGAACAAUGGUGUUCGCGAUGGUUUGCAGAACACAUUGAAGAAGUUUUGGAAGAUCAACGAUUUUUAGAAAUGAUCCAAGAAUCAGCACACAGUAUUUUUAAACGAGAAGAAACGGAUUCUUUGCCAUUCAUAGAUGAUAUUCGGUUAUCAAAAAAAUAUGGAGUGCUUGAAGAUAAUCUAGAUAAAAAUGGAAGGGUUAGCGAAGAGAGUUUUACGUGGGAAGUUGAGUAUAAUCAAAUUCUUGAAAGAAUUGAUAAAGUUUUAGAACAAUUGGAACUUGAUGCUUAA